GCAGGGUUUUGUAUGACGCUGGCGAUUUAAGAUGGUGGAGAUUUUUGUGGAAGAGAAAAACAACUCGCUUUUAAAUCGGUAAAAAAAUCAUGUCUUUCAAAAAAACUAUGUCAUUUCUGUACUGUACAGCUAUUCUCCUAUUCUUCGUGAAUGUCAAUAAUGGGAAAAAUUCCGAAAAAGUAUCUUGUCAGACAAAAAAAGAACCGAAUUCAAUCAUCAACAUCAAAGCCUCAAAAGCCAAGAGUUUAUCGACUAAAGUCGUGGCGGGUUUAAUACUGCAAAAUGAAACCCUAUGCAUGGAAAGCUGCUGUAGUCACUCUGAUUGUACGUUGUAUGUGUACUACGAUAGCUCCAAUCGGCCUUCAAAUUGCUUUCUUUUAAAAUGUUCACCGAUAAGUAACUGCAUUCGAAGCAGUUUGUCUGGAUCUGUUGUUGKUGUUAUCGAGAGGAAUGCUCUUAUCCAAGCCACACCCCCAUCUUCAAGUGAAGUUGACAGUUCCAAGUUACACACAGUAUCUACGGUAACAUCCAAGGAUGGUGUCAUGUUGGAAACUACACUGAGUGAGACACCUAUUGGAGUGACAAGCGUUCCCACUCAGCAGCUUGAGCAGAGAGAAGAAGGCACUAACAGAUCAGCACAUUCUGCAAUAACUAGUACACCUCCAACAACUGCUUAUCAUCACUCAUCUGUUGCACCAACAAAAGUAGUUACGACCCAUGGAACCACACCUCACGUCAGCCCAAAGAAAAUGAAACACCACACGGAAGGUCACGACCACACCAACAAAACCUCACUGAUCAUAGCAUUAUUUUUUGGCAUUCUAUUCUUAUUAGCUGUGGUAGUUAUCGUUGGUCGACCAUGGUGGGACUUCAUGCAAAGGCCAAGAUACUCCAAGGUUGACUAUCUGAUGAACGGUUUGUAAGAUAAGUAUACUGUAGUAUAUGUUACUCAAGAAUAAUUUAUUUUCAAAAUUUAAGGUAGAAAGUAUCUUAAGUAAAGUUUAUAUAUAUCAUUAAGGGGAUUACAAUUAAGAUYGUCUGAAAGUAAUUGCAUAAGAAAUAAAAAAGUAUGCACGUCUACUGGUUGCCAUAGUUAUCCAACAACAGCAGUUAUCAUAGUUGCCAUGGUUACCAUUUUGAAUAUAAUAAUUGUGCUUGUUGAUUAAGACUUCAACAGCCUUUUUCAUUGAGUUAUCUAGGUUGCCAUGGGUUCCAUAGUAACCUAAGAAGAUCAAUAAGCAUAGUUGCCAUUAUCACUGUUUUGAUGAUAAUACCGUUUAAGUGAGUCAUGAGGACAAUCUUAUUCAUUGUUCCUCUCAUGGUGCUUAACACAGACCAGUUAAGUAAUUGGUUAUUGAAAUGUCAGUAAUUGAUGGGUUGCAAGCAUUUCUAAGAGAGUCAAAAGACAAAAAUAUGGUGGCCAUUUUGGUGCUGGUAACAAUGGAUGCUAUCUUUUGCAAUCUUUUGUUAAAUGGGAACAACACUCCCGUGAGAGGCAGCAAUGACAUGACAUGUAUAUCAAAUAAUCAAUGCAAUUUUCAAGUGAAUAUAAGGAUACUGGCUGCAAAAAUUGGCACACUGACACUAGAUAUACAAGUGCACACACAGUGCAUAAGCAGUUUAUUAAAAGUCAAUCAAAUAUUAAUUGUAGUUACAGAAAAUACUAUUGCAUUUAUUUUUCCAAAUCAGUUAUCCUAAAAAUCAUAUGUACUGAUUGCUUGCAUGAGCGGCAGUAUUUUUAUCUCCAACCAUGGUAUUCUGGGAUAAUUGAUUAUAAACAACAAUAACAAAAAUAUUUGCAAAACAAAAUGAAAGCUAAACGGGGAAAAUAAUAAUGCUUUAUCUAGGUAUCAUUGCGGGAUAGCAAGCUUUAUCAAAAUACAGCUGUAGUGAGCAGGGUUUCGUGAGCAGGGAAGUACUGGAUAUAAAGCUCUUUAUAAAAUAACUAUUAUAUAAAUCUUGCAUUCUGAUUGAUUGGGAGCGUGUGUUUUAUUAGACCACACGGCAUGCGUGCGCACUUUCAAUUGCAUCAUUAGCAUCAAAAAAAACCGUUGUAAUUUGUAUUUUAUGAAAGAAAUAAAAAACUUGCUUGCUGUGCUGUGUGCAGUUAUAAAGCACUUGGGGAUCAGCAGAACGCUCAAGAAGUGUUGAUAAGCACUCUGCUAUGCGUCAUGCUUCUUCUAUCACUUCUCUUGUCUGCCAACCCCCAUAUGCUUUAUAACUGCACACAGCACGUGCCACUUUCUAUUUCUUCAAUGAAUAACAAAGAAAACUAUAAAUACCCACUGGCAAUAAAAAUAUUUAAAAUAUCUAAUAAUUAUGUACUCAAAGACAAAAAUGGUAAAGAAUAAAAGUAGUUUUAUAUCAUAAAA